CUCCAGCAGUGCCAGAUCCAAGUUCCCCCCCCCCUGGGCCAAUCCAGGAAUGCCAGAUCCAAGUUCCCCCACCCCUGGGCUGCUCCUUCUGCUGGCUUAGUGGCCUCCAGGGAGGCUCACACCUCCAUCUGAUACAACCUUGGGUUGCAGUAAGAGAUGGGCGGGGUUUAGGUAUGAGAGAUGGAUGACGGAAGGCCAGCUCAGGUUCGAGGUGACCGAGCCUCGAACUUCCCUGCUGCUUUUUCCAGGGUUGUCUCCAACACAGCCGUGCCCACAGGGUCCUGACCACUGCAGGAAGCAAUGUGAUCCCGACCACUACGUGAACGAAGAUGGGCACUGCACAGCCUGCGUGACCUGUUUGGAAGGUCUUGUGGAGAAGGCUCCAUGUUCCAUGAACUCUUCUCGAGUCUGUGAGUGUCAACCUGGCACUUACUGCAAAACGCCAGGUGUCAAUUCUUGUGCCCGCUGUUCUCUACACUCCCGCUGUUCUGGAGGCGAGGUCGUCAAGGUCCCAGGCACAGCAGAGAAGGACACCGUCUGUGAACUGCCUUCCUCAGGACCUGGCCCUGAUUGCUCCAAUCCAGAUGACUGCAAGACACUUACUAGCCAUGCCACUCCUCAGGCCACACCUACUUUGAAGACCUCAGCCACUGACAGUAUGAGGAGCUUGACAACGACAGGGAGCACCGGCCUUGUGCAGGAAGAUGCUACUGAGCUGUUGAAGGUCCCAGAGUUUCCCUCUUCCCAGGCAAGGGAGCCCAGUCCAGACCCAGAUAAGGCAGAGAUGAAUAUGAACUUGAAACUGCCAUCUCCAGGGACUCUUCCUGACUUCAGCACCUCAGGAAACAGUGAGGAGCCUGCCAGUACCGCCUCCACCCUGAGCCUCCUGGUAGAUGUGCAGACCAGCAGCAGGAUGCAGCCCACCUCUCCCUUGUCCACAGGAACACCAUUUCUGGAUCCAGGGCCCAUGCUCUUCUGGGUGGCCAUGGUGAUUCUGCUGCUUGGCUCCAGCACCUUCUUCCUGUGUUACUGGAAGGCCUGCAGGAGGCGGAUCCAGCAGAGUAAGUGUGCAUGUGUCUUGGGGUCCCCUAGGGAGGUGGCUGCUUUAUGUUGGCCUUGCCUAGGUCCUGCCCUGCCUGUCCCUAACCUGCUGCUCACCCCACUAAAGCUCCACUCCUGGUAUCUUUGCAGAGCUCCACCUGGAAAACCUAGCCCAGACCUUCCAGCCGAAGAUGGAGCAGGUGGGUGAGUAUCUGGUAGUGCAAAGGGCAGCCUGGACAGGUGGGUGACCAUCAUAGGCUGGGGCUGGGUAGACUCACACCAAAACACUGUCCACCAAGGGGGUUUUGAGUUGGAGAUGUUUCUUAAGUACGCGCUCGUACCUCCAAAGAGCUCCCCAGCGGAGGGGGUUUUUGUAUUUUGAUGGUUUCAAGCUUCUUUCCAUGAGCUGCCAGGCAGGGCUUAUUGAAACCAGUGUUUGCUUUCUUGACAUUUCUCUAGUAUUAGAGUUUCCAUUGCCGUCAGUUAAUUUUUUUUUUCUCUCCAAACAUUCGUGAGAACAGUUUUGUUAUAACAAGAAAGACAGAAAAAAAAAAAGAUUAAAAAAACAAAACAAAAAAACACCUGAAGAAGCUGGGCUUACAGGUAACUGAGUGAGUCUGGGGUCAAUGAUUGUGUCUGAGCCUGGUUCUGGACCUCUGGCUUCCAGUGGGUCCCUUGAUGUCUGGGUUUCAAGGACUGAAAUGAGAGAAGGUUUAAAUCAGGGUGAGCACACAGGGACCAGGUGACCAUAUCCUAGGCAAGG